AAGUUCAUCACUGUUAUUACCACCAUAUCUUUAUACUAGACACAAAAUACCCUAUAUGUCACUAAGACUCGAAAAGGAAAAGGCCCCCAUCUGGGGCCCCGUUCUCUAAGCUCUGUAACGUAGUCGCUUUUUGGCUCGUCUUCAAGUGAAAAUAAUUCAAAAUCGCCCCCCUAGUUUCACUUCCAAAAUUAACAACUGUGGCGUUUGGUGAUAACGAUGACAGUUAGAUAAUACAAGUUUACAAUUUCUGGAAUUAUUUGUAGUGGAAAACUAUUUCAUUUCCAACAAUUGUGCCUGAUUUUCGCUGGUACGAGAAAAUACAUGGAAAACAAAUUUAUGACGUAAAAAUGUUAGGUUAGGACUGCAACAUUACUUGAAACAUUUUUUUAUUUCCAAUUUUAACCCUAGUUCGACGAUUUUAGUUGUAGACAACCACAAUGUCAACUUGUCAAUGGAGCGGAUCGUUGUGGAAAAACGUCCACAGAUGUAAACUAUGCCCCUAUUUCACAACAUCGCUUUUCUUUAUGGAAAAUCACCUCAAACGACACCCUGUGGAAAAAUUUACAUGCACAAACGUUAAAAUUGAACUCUACCACUGUAAAGAUUGCGAUUUCAAAACGGAACUAACGAUUUUGUUCAAACAACACGUUGCUAAAUAUCACGGCGUUAAGAGCGAAUCUAGUAACGAUUUCCACAUACAAAAUUACGUUUGCGAAAAAUGCGACUUUGAAACAAACCUCUCUUUGAAGUGGCUUCAGCAUGAUUCAGAGUGCACCGAAAUGAAAGAAAAUCUUCACAGUAUAAAAACCGACGAAUCACUUUGGUAUUCUUGUACAGAAUGUACCUACAAAGCUAAACUCAAACGUAAUUUAACCCGUCAUACAGCAAGUCGCCACUUGAACCAUCGCUACGCAUGCGACAACUGUCCGUAUAAAACCAGACACAAGCGGGAUUUAAGAGUCCACAUAAACCGAAUCCACUCUGAUGAACACCACGGUGAAUGGUACAAUUGCGAAAAGUGCCCUUUCCGAACUAGAGCGAAAAGUAAUUUAAGUAGACACAUAAACUGCGUCCACUUGGACGAAGAAGACGUUAAAUGGUACGAAUGCACUGACUGUGCAUUCAAAACUAGGUACAAAAAAUAUUUAAAAACUCACAUAACUGUCAAACAUCUAGACGAAGGAAAAAUUAAGUGGUACAAAUGUGACAAUUGCCCGUACAAGACAAAACUCGCGUCGAAUUUAAGAAGCCACAGACUUUUUCGACAUUUGGACAGAAAAGAAGUGAAGUGGCACGAAUGUGCAACCUGUCCUUAUAAAAGUAUAAGAAGAAAUAAAUUAAAACAGCAUAUAACUCUCCACCAUUUAGAUGUUAAAUCGUUUCAGUGCGAAUUUUGCCCAUACAACACCAAGUUGGAAAGUUACUUGAAAAGUCAUAUGAAGAACCGACACUCAGAUGGACACUGUCCAUCCAGUAAAGAUCAAGUCACUUUAGGAAACCACUUAAAACGUGUUCAUUUACAAGACCAAGACGCCGAAUGGUACACAUGUGACAAAUGUCCAUUUAAAACCACCGUGAAAUACGGCUUAAAAAGACACACAUCCGCGCUACACGUGAACGCAGACGACAUUAAAUGGUACGAAUGCAAACAAUGCCAAUUCAAAGCCACGAAUAAACGAAAUCUGCGACUCCACAACAACGCGAAACACUCAAACGAGAACAAAAUUAAGUGGUACGAAUGCGCGAAUUGUCCAUAUAAAAGUAGAAACUCGUCGCAUUUGAAACGUCACGUGGUUUGUAAACACCUCGACGACGAAAAAGUCGAGUGGUACGAAUGCAAAGAGUGUCCAUUCCGAACCAAGAACAAAAGAAAUUUGCACAAUCACGUCACUGCGAAACAUCUAGCUGAAGAAAAAAUCAGCUGGUACGAAUGCGAAAUGUGUCCAUUCAAAACUAAACGAACGUCGCACUUAAAACAACAUAUAAUUUGUCGACAUAUCGACGAAGAGGAGGUGAAGUGGCACCAAUGCGAAGAGUGCGAUUUCAAGACUAAGCACAGAACGUCGUUGAAGAAACACGUGACUAGGAAACAUCUAGAUGAGGAAAAAGUCAAGUGGUACGAAUGCGAAAAUUGUCCGUUUAAAACUAGUAACACCUGGUAUUUGAAACGUCACGUGAUUUCUCAACAUGUGGAUGAAGACAAAGUCGAGUAGUACGAAUGUAUGAAAUGUAAAAGUAACACAAAAUUGUAUUAAAAAAGCAUCACUUUGUGUAAUCGUUUUCAAUAAAUGCGUCUGAAAUUCCCUAAAUCUGGGGAUAUUCAUUUUCUA